AUGAGGCUGAAGAUAUCUCUUUUAAAAGAACCAAAGCAUCAAGAAUUAGUAAGCUGUGUGGGCUGGACUACUGCUGAAGAGCUGUAUUCAUGUAGUGAUGAUCACCAGAUAGUGAAGUGGAACUUGUUAACCGGUGAAACAAGUCAAAUAGUAAAGCUGCCUGAUGAUAUUUACCCAAUAGACCUUCAUUGGUUUCCAAAAAGUUUAGGCAUAAAGAAACAAACUCAAGCAGAAAUCCUUGUCCUCACAAGUUCUGAUGGCAAAUUUCAUCUGAUUUCUAAGUUAGGAAGAGUGGAAAAAAGUGUGGACGCUCACAGUGGAGCGGUGCUGGCAGGACGAUGGAAUUAUGAAGGAACAGCAUUAGUUACAGUUGGAGAAGAUGGACAAAUAAAAAUAUGGUCAAAGACUGGAAUGCUAAGAUCGACAUUAGCUCAUCAAGGAACACCAGUGUAUUCAGUAGCAUGGGGCCCUGAUUCAGAAAAGGUUCUUUAUACAGCAGGCAAGCAACUGAUCAUUAAACCGCUUCAACCAAAUGCUAAAAUUUUACAGUGGAAAGCUCAUGAUGGCAUUAUUUUAAAAGUAGAUUGGAACUCUGUCAAUGAUUUGAUUUUAUCUGCUGGCGAAGACUGUAAAUAUAAGGUAUGGGAUAGUUACGGCCGUCCUCUCUACAGUUCUCAACCUCAUGAGCAUCCUAUUACCUCAGUAGCCUGGGCUCCAGAUGGAGAAUUAUUUGCUGUUGGAUCAUUUCAUACUUUACGCUUGUGCGAUAAAACUGGGUGGUCAUAUGCUUUAGAAAAACCCAACACUGGUAGCAUAUUUAAUAUUGCAUGGUCAAUUGAUGGCACCCAGAUUGCUGGAGCCUGUGGAAAUGGACACGUUGUUUUUGCACAUGUGGUGGAACAACGCUGGGAGUGGAAGAAUUUUCAAGUAACAUUAACUAAAAGAAGGACCAUGCAGGUUCGUAACGUUCUUAACGAUGCAGUGGAUUUACUGGAAUUCCGUGAUAGAGUCAUUAAAGCCUCUUUGAACUAUGCACACUUAGUUGUUUCAACAUCUCUUCAGUGUUAUGUGUUCUCUACAAAGAACUGGAAUACACCACUUAUAUUUGAUCUCAAGGAAGGAACUGUUAGUUUAAUUCUGCAAGCAGAAAGACAUUUUCUUCUUGUAGAUGGUGGUGGUAUCUAUUUAUAUUCUUAUGAAGGGCGCUUCCUUUCCUCUCCAAAAUUUCCUGGAAUGAGAACAGAUAUUCUAAAUGCACAGACUGUCUCUCUGAGUAAUGAUACCAUAGCAAUAAAAGACAAAGCUGAUGAAAAAAUAAUCUUCCUCUUUGAGGCAUCAACCGGAAAACCAAUGGGAGACGGGAAGUUUCUUUCUCAUAAGAAUGAAGUUUUGGAAAUUGCUCUGGAUCAAAAGGGACUCACCAAUGAUAGAAAAAUUGCUUUCAUUGAUAAAAAUAGAGAUCUCUAUAUCACUUCAGUGAAACGAUUCGGGAAGGAAGAACAGAUUAUCAAACUUGGAACAAUGGUGCAUACUUUGGCAUGGAGUGAUACGUGCAAUAUCCUUUGUGGACUUCAAGAUACUCGAUUUACAGUGUGGUAUUACCCCAAUACGGUUUAUGUGGACAGAGACAUUUUGCCUAAAACAUUAUAUGAAAGGGAUGCAAGUGAAUUUAGUAAAAACCCCCAUAUUGUGAGUUUUGUUGGAAAUCAAGUAACUAUAAGAAGAGCUGAUGGCUCUCUGGUUCACAUCAGCAUAUCACCAUAUCCUGCUAUUCUCCACGAAUAUGUAAGCAGUUCAAAAUGGGAAGAUGCUGUAAGACUUUGUCGUUUUGUUAAGGAACAAACCAUGUGGGCUUGCCUAGCUGCUAUGGCAGUUGCUAAUCAAGAUAUGACUACUGCAGAAAUAGCCUACGCAGCAAUCGGUGAAAUUGAUAAAGUUCAAUAUAUCAAUUCUAUAAAAAAUCUUCCAUCUAAAGAAUCAAAAAUGGCCCACAUAUUAAUGUUUAGUGGGAACAUACAGGAGGCUGAAAUUGUUCUUCUUCAGGCUGGCCUUGUUUAUCAAGCAAUUCAGAUCAAUAUUAAUCUCUACAACUGGGAAAGGGCUCUUGAAUUGGCUGUAAAAUACAAAACACAUGUUGACACAGUUCUUGCUUACCGUCAAAAAUUUUUGGAGACAUUUGGUAAACAGGAAACUAAUAAACGAUACCUGCAGUAUGCCGAAGGUCUCCAAAUAGACUGGGAGAAAAUCAAAGCCAAAAUUGAGAUGGAAAUUACUAAAGAGCGAGAACGGUCAUCUGGCAGCCAGCCCACCAAGAGUACUGGUCUAAAGCACUAA